AUGGAUCCGCAGGAAUCUACUUCGAAACCGUCUUCAAGUCUCAGGAUUGAAUUAGAUGUUCCCUCAACAGAUACUUGCUCCACUGUUUCCAGUGGAUAUAAAUUGCGACCAUCAGGAAGUGUAUCGUCGUUUGUCUCAUCACUCACAGCAACUAAAACUGAGUUGGUGACUAAAAACUACUUAGUCGGGAGUAUAGCUGGAGGUGCCGGCUCUUUAUUGGGAAUAAGGGAACUAAACAAGAUAAUUCCAAGUAGUAACAUAGAUAUUCAAGUUGUUACGUGGAAUAUGUUAUCCAUGAAGUCUCAGUUUUAUCCAGAAGAUUUAAGUGAUCUAUUCUUCAGUGGGUCUUCCGACGAAGCUGCAAGCAUUUAUGCCAUUUGUAUACAAGAGUGUUCUUCCGAUAAAAACGAACUUCUUGUGAGAUUGCAAGCUGCUAUUGGCAUAAAACAUGUUCUGUUUACGUAUGCAACCCAUGGGACAUUGGCUUUAAUGAUAUUCCUAAAUCGCGAUCUUAUAUGGUAUACUUCGGUGCCUCAGUCAGUUGGAGUCACAACUUCAGCUGCUGUACGAACUAAAGGAGCUGUAGCUAUUUGCUUUAUACUUUUUGGUACAUCGAUUCUAUUUCUUUCAUCUCAUUUUAAAGCAAAUCAUACAAACUUUGACCGGAGAGUUCAAGAUUAUUUACAAGUAGUGAAUAAUAUUAAUCUACCAAAAGUUGGUUUCAACAAAGGAUAUAAAUACGAAGAAUCCAAUCCAUUGGAUCGGUUCGAUGUUGUAUUUUGGGCAGGUGAUUUAAAUUUUCGAAUACAACGACCAAGACAUAUUGUUGAAAAUGUAAUUAAAGGAAAAUAUAAGCAAAGAACAUUUGAAGAACUUCUAUCGGUUGAUGAAUUACUCAAUGCUCAGUCACAAGGUAUAAUCUUCCAGAAUUUUGACGAAGGCCGUAUUCGCUUCCCUCCAACUUACAAAUUUGAUCUCAAUUCAGAUGUUUACGACUCGUCCGAGAAACAACGUGUUCCAUCAUAUACAGACAGAAUAUUGUUCAUGUCAAAAAAGAAAGGCAAUUUGAUCUGCUUAGAUUACAACAGUAUCAAUACAAUCCGUUCAUCUGAUCAUAGACCUGUGUUUGCACUAUUCAGUUUAGUUUUAAGACCUGGAUCCGAUAACAUUGCGCUAGCAGCUGGUGCAUUUAAUAGAGAGGUAUACAUAGCAGGCAAUCAACGUCGUGCUCUACGUUUAGAUAAACUAAAAUCAAGAAAAAGUACAAUUCAUGCUAGAGUUUGCACUAUUCAGUGA